UUUCUGGAAGUCGCAGCUGGACUGUUGGCAAAGAGGAACAUUUUGAACUUCGUAAGCUACCCAGGCGAAAGGGAUUUUAAAUUGUGACAGAAAAUGGCAACAACCGAACCCAUUUCGGAAGGUUUUAUUAAGACUGUGCUAAAGGCGGAUUCAAUGCAUGUAUUGAACGACAGCAGCUUGGCAUUACCUGCCGAGCAGCAAAUAAAAACUUUUAGCAGGCAUACGGUCGAUCCGAACAGUCGUGUUCUGCAACAGGUUCAGCUAACCAUGUCCAGGAGAAGCAAGAAGGCACACUCAAACGAUUACCUGGACUGUAGUGGCAGUAUCUCAGAGGUAACUUCCAAAGAAGGCAUUGAAAAGGAUUCAACAGCUUCAGCAUUUGGUCUUCGCAAGCUUUAUAAACCUGUCUUCAAUCAAAAUGGCUAUAGCACAGCUGGACAUUUCUACAGAAAUAAUGAAAAUGUGCAUGGCCAAGAGAUGUCCCACCAGCAGUAUGUCCAAGGAAAGUUUCAGUAUCAUUUGCAUAAACGAGCAACUACCUUGCCUGUUGCACAGAUCCCCUUGACCCAGGCAUAUCGCAUGGAAAGUAUGAGACUAAGUGCACCUAAUAGAUAUGCCCAUUCAGAGAUAACAAACUAUAAUAAAUAUCGUACUCCUGCCAGGGUGCGAUGCUCCAACAACAGACGGCAGCAGUAUACCAAUCAAAUGCAGCUUGAUGACAAUGUCUUUUUAGACAGUGCUCCAAACAGUCCAGCCAGAGGUCCAAGCCAACGAGCUACUACUAGUAGGAGCCUAACGAACAUACUUGAUAUGGAUACCACAGGUGCUGCCUUGCAGCAGUCUCAGAUGCUGAAGCACUCCAUGUAUUCUCAACGGGGUAGGCAGGCACAGAGGUACAGCUUGCACCAGAGAGGCACCAUUAGGGACCACAUGCAGGAAAAUGUACUUUAUGGCUCCCGCCCACCAUCAGCAACCAGCGUUCGAAUAGGGGGCAACUUUACUGGUAUGACGCCUGCUAUCUUGGCACACACAGAGGGGUAUACUGUCCAGAACAAAAUGAAGCAAGAGAGUUUGAAAAAUGAACCUGUUGAUUUAACUUUGGACAGAGCUGUAAACCUUCUAUCCUCCAGUAAUAUUGAAUGGCAGAUAGCAGCUGCUUCAUUUAUUCAGCAUGAGUGCUUUGUAAAUAAAGAAGCUAAAAGAAUGGUGUUUUCCAUGCAUGGAAUUCCCAAAUUGCUCCAAGUAAUGGAAAAUGACAAUGAAAACCUCCAGUGUGCAGCUGUGGGAGCUCUUCGUAACAUUGUCUUUGAAGACAGUGAGAACAAGAAGGAAGUUACUGAAAAAAAUGGAAUACCUAUCUUGCUACAGCUUCUUAGACAAACGCGUGACAUGGAAACGAAGAGACAGAUCACAGGCUUGCUAUGGAACCUGUCUUCCAGUGACGAUUUAAAACAUACUCUGAUCUCAAAGGCUCUACAGCCAUUAACCAAAAGCAUCAUCGUCCCUUGUUCGGGUUGGCCAGAUGGCGAUUGCCCUAAAGAAGAUCUGUUACAUGAUCCUGACAUUUUUUACAAUGCUACAGGCUGUCUACGAAACCUCAGUUCAGCUGGUCCAGAGGGACGUAAAAUGAUGAGAGAAUGUGAAUCUUUAAUUGACUCGUUAGUUCACUAUGUAAGGGGAUCCAUUGCUGACUACCAACCUGAUAAUAAAGCCACAGAGAACUGUGUGUGCAUCCUUCACAAUCUUUCAUAUCAGCUAGAAACUGAGCUUCCAUCUCAGUAUUUUCAAGAUAUGAACAUUUUAAGACACAACCUGCCAUCACAAAGUAAAGGAGCAGGCUGUUUUGGGUCUCGCAGCUCCAAGAUCAAACAGGAAAAUGAGACUAAAACUCCUUAUCCUGAAGAAAAAAGUAAUCCACGUGGUGUUGAAUGGUUGUGGAACCCUAUUACUGUGAGAAUGUAUUUGUCUGUGAUAGCAAAGAGUACAAGGAGCUACACACAAGAGGCCUCUAUUGGAGCUCUCCAAAACCUUACAGCUGGAACUGGUGGAAUCUCUUAUGCAAUUGCUGAAACUAUUGUUCAAAAAGAAAAUGGACUUCAGCACAUCCGGAGGAUGCUUCAUUCUUCAGAACCUGGAGUGCAGAAGGCAGCUGCAUCAUUGUUAAGGAACAUGUCACGCUACUUUGAAAUGCACAAAGAAUUGGCAAACCAAGUCCUACCUGAUGUGGUGUCAGUGCUCCCAAUGUCUGCUUCUGAUCCCAUAAUGUCCAAUGAUGUGAUUGCUUCAUUGUGCUGUAUACUUAACAACCUGGUUCAAAGUAGCUCUCAAAAUGCUCGGCUACUCCUCAGUAAUGAUGGGUUGAAAAAGAUCUGUAGCAUCAGUUGCACUGAUAGCUACAUUCAAUCUAAAGCUGGAAAAGCCGCAUCCAUGCUGCUUUGUACGAUGUGGAAACACAGUGAACUUCACAGUGUAUACAAAAAGGCUGGAUAUAAAAAGAGUCAAUUUAUCAACUCAAGGACAAUGAAAGCAGCUCGGACAUCAUAAGAAAAGAAGAAAUACUUUUUUCCACUGAAUAUCUGCAGAGCUCUUUAUGUCAUCAUAAAAUGCAAAAUAACUGUGCCUAUACUGUAUGUUAACAAAUUUCAGUUAACCGGCACAAGCAAUUGUUUCUCACAAUAUUACAGUCAAUAUAGUCAAAAGGUUGCAUAUUUGUAGGUGUUUUUUCACUGAUAGUUACAAAUAACAUUACUACUGUAGUUUGGAGAAAGUCAUUAAUUGCGUAAUGAAAAUUCGAAAAUAUAGUAAUCAUAGCUGUGGCUAAGGAUUAAUUUGCACUUACAUUUCCCCUUGUGGUAUUUCUGAUGAGAAAGAUCCUGGACAGCGAGAGUGGCUGCUCAUUUUCAUUCCGAGCAAUUCCUGCUCUUAAUUUAAGUUCUCUUUUAAUACUGUUAAAUGGGGGGGGGGCGGCAUUUUACAUAAAAUAGAAAAAAGGGAAAACAUUAUUUUAAGUCUUCAACAAAAAUAUAACUCACAUUUGUUGAGUCUUUCUCAAAAUAAUUCAAAUAAUAAUGUUUUUAGGUCAUCAGUAAAUCAAUAAACAGUCCGUGGCUUUCGCUGUGACUUACAAAAAAUGGCCUGACUAUAGUGUCUUUUUAAAUGUGUUGCAUUUGCUGUGGCAUCCAAGCAGUUAAGAUAAAUUUAUACAUUAGCUGAUGCAUAUAUUCAAAAUAGGGUGGCACGGUGGCACAGUGGGUAGCGCUGCUGCCUCACAGUAAGGAGACCUGGGUUUACUUCCCGGGUCCUCCCUGCAUGGAGUUUGCAUGUUCUCCCCGUGUCUGCAUGGGUUUCCUCCCACAGUACAAAGACAUGAAGGUUAGGUGGAUUGGCGAUUCUAAACUGACCCUAAUGUGUGCUUGGUGUGUGUGUGUGUGCAUGCCCUGCGGUGGGCUGGUGCCCAGCACAGGGUUUGUUCCCUGCCUUGUGCCCUGUGUUGGCUGGGAUUGGCUCCAGCAGACCCCUGUGACCCUGUGUUAGGAUAUAGCGGGUUGGAUAAUGGAUGGAUGGAUAUAUCCAAAAAAAUGUCAUUGACACAUACAUGUAUAGAGUGGGUUUCUUCACACUAUAGAAUGCAUGGUGGGUAUGAGAGAUCAAUGGAAAGGUCCAAACCCCAUAUAUAUCAUAGUUUGUCAAUGCUGUUUCACUUAUAUUCAAUAUUGUAAUCAUUUUUGAAGUGUGAGCUUCUGGGUGAGUUACCAGAGGCUACAACACUACAAGCUGUAGUGUCUUUCACAGAUGGGAAAUAAAUCCUCAUAUUGCAGUUAUCAGUAGGUAUUGGUGCAUUUGAAUCUUAGGACCAUCAGUAGCACCUGAAUGAACACACGAGUCCACUAAGCCACAGCAUGUAGACAUACUGUGUGUUACUUACAAACAUGUUGUUUGCCAGUGUUUCCUUCCACAUGAAGUCCAAUCUUAUCUUGUUGUGAAAGGCUAUGAUCUUGAGUGCCACCGCCCUUUUUACCACAAAAUGGUGACUUGACCCAACACCAGAUCUUCAUUUGGUUAUAGAUAAUUUUACAGAAAGAGCUAUCAUUUGAUUUACAGGUUUUUUGCUUUAUGACCGCAUUAGUGAAAUCAAUUUCUAAAAACAGUGUUGACGUCAUCUGUGUCAGAUAGUAACAGCACAGAGCAAAAGAAUGGUUGUAAAUGACAUGUGGUGCUAAAGAUGAGUCACUACGUGUGCCAUCAUUACGUAGCUGUUGCUUCAAUAACUAAAACAUUUCAAAACAAAUAGAGCAAAAUCUUAACAAAUCUUUAUUAAAAACCUUAGAUAAUAAAAAAA